AAUUCAAUGCAAGCAUGUCGGGACAAUUUCAGGGCCGUCAAGUUUAUUUUGCAGGCGAUCUGAGAUCUGCGGUCGGUGGAGCGAUGCGGCCGGGAGUCGCAACUCAACAGGUCGCCGCUCACCCGUAUGCCAGACUGACGGGUUCGAGGGCGCGUGAUCGACGAGGCAGAGUGAUUGUUAGACCUCCAGCACCACCAGUCCAGCCAAGGUUGGCCGACAAAGAACUGUCCCACACGAUAAGAGAUCUUGUUCCCGAGUCACAAGCGUAUGUGGAUCUAAUGAGAUUUGAGCGAAAGGUUGAUUCUACUAUCAUGAGAAAGCGACUUGAGAUUCAAGAGGCUCUUAAACGUACUCCAAAGAAAAAAGGUACACUAAGGAUAUCUAUUACUCACCAGUUCUUUCUAAGUCAAACCAUGAUAUCACCUGAAGAGGGUGUUGGAGGACUAGAGUCAUCAUGGGAACUAAAAAUUGAAGGCCGUCUCUUGAAAGAUUCUACUGAGCCACCAACUGAUUCUUUGACUCCAGAGCCCAAGUUGUCAUCCUUCCUCAAAUGUUUAGCUAUAGAACUGGACAGAGACAUGUAUGGUCCCGAUAAGCAUCUCAUGGAAUGGCGACGAUCAACACACACACAAGAAACAGACGGGUUCCAAGUGAGACGUACAGGAGAUCAACCUGUGAAGUGCAAGGCAUUUCUAACUUUGGAGUCUCAGCCUCCGAGAUAUCGGCUUGAUGCUCGUUUGGGACGUUUAUUAGGUGUUCACACCGACACUCGGCCAGGAGUCGUAAAUGCAUUGUGGACAUAUGUUAAGACCCAUAAGCUGCAGGAUCCUAAUGAAUGUGACCAUAUUAAUUGUGAUGCUUCAUUGCAACAGAUAUUUGCCAUCUCACGAAUGAAGUUCUGUGACAUCCCUCAUCUUUUACAAGGACUAUUACAUCCACCAGAUCCUGUAGUCAUCAAUCAUUUAAUCAGCAAUGACGCUUAUGAUCGACCAAGAGUAGCAUGUUAUGAUAUUGAAGUGGACGUGGAUUCUUCAAUAAAGCAAAACAUGAACUCAUUUUUGUUGUCAGCAGCAAGCCAACAAGAAAUUGCUUUGUUAGAAACAAAGAUCCAAGACAUCAUCCAGGCCAUAAACAAGUCUAAAACAAAAAGAGAGUUCUUUAGACGGUUUGCUCAAAGUCCUUUAGGCUUUAUACACCAGUGGUUGAUAUCGCAGAACAAAGACUUGAAGACUAUGAAGGAUGUGACGGGUUGCUCUGAAGAGGAACGACAAGGCGAGUAUUACAACAUGCCUUGGGCACAAGAAGCUGUUUAUCGUUACUUCUAUAGCAAGGUGCAGCAAAAGCGCGGUGAACUUGAGAAGGCAUUGGGUAUACAUAACAACUGAUGUAUAGAUAUUAGACAAUGAGACUGAUAGAGGUAAUAAAUAUAUUAAUUCAUGCUGUCACGUGUGCAUAAGGAAACUGAGAGAAUUG